AUGCCUUCCUCGGCCCCCGUUCUCCGGCCUAAGCAGCCCAAGGAAAUUCCCAUCAGCUACGACAUUAACAUUCCCUACGUGGACGUCGACAAAAGAUCUAAGAUCUCAACCAAUUACCCCCAAUAUCUUCCAUCAUGGGAUCCAGUCUGGUUCGACCCCCUCACACCAUUCACCUACAAUGAUCCAGCUCUGCGUGUGCGCAACAAGUCCAAGCCCAACCUCCUGGCAGGCGCAAAAGUCACAGACAUCCAACCAUCCAUAGGCUCAAUCAUUGAAAACGUGCAACUCUCCAACCUCACCGACACAGCCAAAGAUGAACUCGCCCUGCUCAUCUCAGAGCGCAAAGUCGUCGCCUUCCCAGAACAAGACCUCAUUGACGCAGGCCCAGAUGCCCAAGAGUCCUUCAUGCGCCACUUCGGCAAACCAAACUACCAGCCCGUCUCAGGCUCCAUGACAGACCACCCAGCCUUCCACAUCAUUCACCGCGAUGGCAACAAGGACGAGAUUCAGCGCUUCCUCUCCCAGCGCACAACGACUACCCUCUGGCAUCAGGAUGUCAGCUACGAGAUCCAGCCUCCAGGCUACGUCAUGCUGGGCCUUUUGCAAGGCCCCGAAGUCGGCGGUGAUACCGUGUUCGCCGCGACAGAUAUGGCGUAUAAGCGACUUUCGCCGGCUGUGACGUCUUUCCUGGAUGGGUUGAAGGUGACGCAUUCGUCGCGCAAGAUGAUUGAUCAUGCUCGUUUGACGGGUGGUCUGAUCAGGAAGGAUCCGGUUGAUACAGUGCAUCCGCUUAUUCGGGUUCAUCCGGUGACGGGGGAGAAGUGCAUGUUCUUGAAUGGAGAGUUUAUUACGAGAAUUGAUGGAUUGAAGGAUUCUGAGACCAAGUGGGUUUUGGAUUUCUUGAUGAACCAUUUGGUUACUGGGCACGAUUUCCAGGCUCGAGUGCGCUGGCAGCCUAGGACGAUUGUUUUGUUUGAUAAUCGGUCAACAAUUCACUCGGCUAUUGUCGAUUACUUGGAUGAUGAUUAUGGUGCCAAGGCUCGUCAUAUCUUCCGUUUGAUUGCUUUGGGCGAGAAGCCCAUUCCGGUGUACGAGGAUGAAGAGAAUGUGGAAUUUGAAUAG